AAAGCGAGAAGGAAAAGUUUUAAAGGGCUGGUUACGAUGGUAACCUUUUUUUCUCGUACGGAGCUGCAAACUUCAGCGUUGACAAAAGGGUGAAGACGAAUUGAGCUAGGAGUUUUAAAGACGGUUCUUGUGGUCCAGCGGAGGUCAAGUGGAUUGGCUUGUUUAGAGGACUCGCUGGUUGUCUAUUGUAGUAAAGUUUCCUAUUAACAAUGGGGCUGCCGACUCUGGAGUUCAGUGACUCGUUCCUGGACAGCCCUGAUUUCAGGGAACGUGUGCAGUGUCAUGAAGUUGAGUUGGAUCGGACGAACAAAUUCAUCAAAGAGCUAAUUAAAGAUGGAAAUACACUUAUCAUGGCGCUGAAAAAUCUCUCUGUGGCUGUGCAGAAGUUCUCCCAGUCGCUGCAGGAGUUCCAGUUCGAGUGCAUUGGAGAUGCGGAGACAGACGACGAGAUCAAUAUCGCUCAAUCCUUCAAGGAGUUCUCUCAGCUGUUGAAUACAGUAGAAGAAGAGAGGAGGCGACUGAUACAGAAUGCUGACGAUGUCCUGAUCACGCCAUUGGAGAAGUUCCGGAAAGAGCAGAUUGGUGCCGCGAAAGAAGGAAAGAAGAAAUUUGACAAGGAAACCGAGAAGUAUUACUCCGUUUUAGAGAAGCACCUUAAUUUGUCAUCGAAAAAGAAAGACAGCUUUUUGCAAGAGGCCGAUGCCCAGAUUGAUAAAGACAGGCAGGUGUUUUAUGAUGCCUCCCUGGAAUACGUCUUCAAAAUACAAGAAGUUCAAGAGAAGAAGAAGUUUGAAUUUGUCGAACCGUUGCUGGCCUUUCUCCAGGGCCUGUUCACCUUCUACCAUGAAGGCUACGAGCUGGCACAGGAGUUUGAGCCCUACAAGAAGCAGCUGCAGUUCAAUCUUCAGAAUACGAGGAACAACUUUGAGAGCACCAAGCAGGAAGUGGAGAAGCUGAUGAAGAGGAUACGCUCAGCGGACCAGGACUACAUUCCCCAGGGGAAGUGGGCCAUGGAGGGCUUUCUGUACGUCCAGGAGAAGCGGCCGCUGGGCUGCACGUGGGUCAGACACUACUGCACUUUUGAGAAAGGGAGCAAGACCUUCUCCAUGAGCAACACGGAGAACAAGUCUGGCUGCAAGCAAAAUGGGGUGGUCCUGAGCCCGCCGGAGAUGUUUAAACUGAAGUCCUGUGUCCGGAGGAAGACUGACUCCAUCGACAAGCGCUUCUGCUUCGACAUAGAGGUGGUGGAGAGAAAUACCAUCUAUCACGGACAUAUUUUCAGGCCUCUGCAAGUUUUCUGUAAAGUCCGACAUGGCAUUCUCACUCUCCAGGCUUUGUCCGAGUCUAACAGACGGCUGUGGCUGGAGGCCAUGGACGGGAAAGAGCCGAUAUACAACCUUCCAGCCAUUUUGAGCAAAAAAGAGGAGACCUUCCUGAACGAGGCUGGCUUCCAUUUUGUGAAGAAGUGUAUCGACCUGGUGGAGAACCGGGGUAUUAACACCAUGGGCCUGUACAGAAUCGGAGGGGUGAAUUCCAAAGUGCAGAAGCUCAUGACUGCUGUGUUUGCCAAAUCGUCGCCUGACAUGGACCUGGACUCCGAAAUCUGGGACAACAAAACCAUCACCAGCGGGCUGAAGAAUUACCUCAGAUGUCUCUCAGAGCCCCUCAUGACCUACAGGCUGCACAAAGACUUCAUCGACGCCGUCAAGUCUGAUGAUCAGAACCAGCGGGUGUGUUCUGUACACGCUCUGGUCCACAGGCUUCCUGAGAAGAACAGAGAGAUGCUGGAGAUUCUGAUCAGACACCUGGUCAGGGUGUCCACGCACAGCCAGUCGAACAUGAUGAGCGUGGCCAACCUGGGCGUGAUCUUUGGGCCCACGCUGAUGAGGUCACAGGAGGAGACGGUGGCGGCCAUGAUGAACAUCAAGUUCCAGAACGUGGUGGUGGAGAUCAUGAUGGAGAACUUCGAGAAGAUUUUCCAGCAGGCCCCGGACCCCAACGCCCCCGCCCCGCCCCCCCUCUCUCAGCCCCAGCCUCAUGGCAGUUCCCGCAAGAGCAGGGCCGCCCGCUUGUCCACGGGCCCCAGGAAGUCCCGGGGCCUCUACAGCCCGGCCCUGUGCCUGGCUGACCGAGACAGCGACACGUUCAGCAGCAGCCUGACGAGCACCCCCAUGGGCAGCAUCGAGUCCCUCUCCUCCCACUCCUCUGAGCAGAACAGCUCGUCCAUGACCGGGUCCCAGUCCCAGGUUCUGGGCCAGCCCACAGGCAGCCCGUGCUGGACCCCCUCCCAGACCUCCUCCAACGGCACCGGGACCUCCCCGGGGGGGGCCACCAGUCUGCCCGCCACCACCAGCCCCGACUCCAGCUCCAGAGACGACGUGGCCAGCCCAGACGGCCAAUCAGACGACUCCCAGAGCCUGUCCUCCUCCCAGCCCGGCCCCAAGAAGUGCAAGCGCAGCCUGCCUGACCUGGAGCUGAGGGAAUUCAAGCUCCCAAUCGCUCCCUCCAUCAAAUCUCUGCAGAUCUCUGAAGGCCUGAGCAGCCAGAGGGGCUCUGUGCAGAGCCUGGUGUCCCUGAUCCAGGGGGAUGGAAAGACCCCAGCCCACCCAGACCUCCCACCCAAACUGGCCCACCGACGCAGACCUGAAGGAUCAGCCACUAAUGGCUACCAGUGGCCUGGAUCAGUGGUCGCUGCCAGAGCGAUGGUCUUUGAAACCUCUCCAGCCACACAGUCUGCUGUUGGAAGAGACGCUAAAGCAAAGUACUCCUGCAAGGCAGAACACAGCCAUGAACUGAGCUUCCCCCAGGGGGCGCUGUUUACAAAUGUAUAUCCGUCAGUGGAACCUGGCUGGCUCCAAGCCACAUAUGAAGGACGAACAGGUCUAGUCCCUGAGAACUAUGUGGAGUUUCGCUGCGAGUAGGAGAAGCGUUGGAGUAAGGACCCUAUGUUUCAUGGUAUCCAUGGUAACAAUCUCCUUCAGUGGCUCUGACAAAGCCAGCUCCCCAUUGGUCCAGCCGUCCCCCUGCCAGCCGAUAGGCUGCAGAACCUCUACAUUAGAGUACAAUGGUUGAAUUUACAACCAUUGUACUCUAAAGUAUUUAUAGAUUAUAUAUAAUUAUGUAUAAUAUGAAAAAAAUAUUUUCUGGACAUCAUAUUAAACCAUUUUAUACAAUAUUAGGCAGUAAUUCUGUUUCAUAUGAAACAAUGAUGUUUGUUUUUUAUUUCUAUUUACUGACGCACUUACUUAUAACAAUUUCUAAUAUGACCUCUGAGUUUCAUAAAAACAUUUCAGCCAAAGCAUUUCAACUGCAUUUUAAAAAAUAUGUUUUUUUUUAAUAUAUACUGUAUAGCAGAGUGUCUCUACUUUUGUAAAGAUUUUGGUGGACCAAAUGAGAUAAUAUGCUUUCUGCUUAUGUGUACGAAGUGCUAUCAUUUUUUGAAGUUUUUUCAUCAGUGUUAUGGUACCAUCCCAGCUAACACAAAAUAUUCUCAAAUUUUUUGUCAAUGUUAUAACAGCAACAUUGUGAGAAUGUUAAUUUGUGCAUGCUGAGAUAUAUUGUAAUAUUAUAUUAUAGUAUUGUAGUGUUAUAUUAAGUAAAACAAUCAUACAUCCUG